AGGUGGUCAAACAUAAAUUAAAAAGCUUGAGUGUCAGACAUGCAAUGGUCCAUUGUUGAUGGCACACAUAUAGAGAAGAUUGGGCAGUAUUGAGUGUAUGGUUUGGUAAGGGUAGAAUUAAUUGAAUAAAUUGGUAGUUCUCGAAAACAAUUCUACAGUGGAUGGCACGAUGGUGGCACUGACCAGCACUGUGCCAAUUCAGUGGGAAAAAACCAGCAGAACUUCAUAUUGUCACCAAUAUGCCCAUUUUGCUGAAAUACCUUGGAAAUGGUCGUGCUGUCUCUGGUCAGAAACAGCUACGAAAAGUCCGACAGGUUGCAGCUUUGGCGACCCCGCAGCCGCAGAUUGUAAGUCAGUAAUAGAUGAGGUCUAUUAUUUUCUCCAAUUUGUGAUAGCUAUAUUAAUGUAUGGUCUAAAGCUUUCUCAAGCAUAUUUGCUGGUGGUUGCUGUUCUACGGUCUGGUCUAUAAUCGUAUCAGUCAGACUCUGUCGCUGUCAGAAAUCCGUCACUUGUAACAUGUAUUUAAUAUAAUAAUUUGGACUUUUCCUUCUAAAGAUGGAAAUGUAUUAGUGGCACUCAGU